AUGAAGCUUGCAAUUGUGUGUACUCUGGCCAUGGCGGCCUGUGUCGUCGGUCUGACAGCCACCACUUCUGAGCCUGCUCUGGCGCAGAUCUCGGCGGCAGCGGCUACGACCAAACCAGAGAUCACCACCUCUGACGUGAAGGGUCUGUCCUUCGACCGCUUUUACCAGGUCUGGCUGGAAAACAUCGACUUCGAGGACUCUGCCGCGGAUACCAACAUGCAGUGGCUCGCAUCCCAGGGAAUUCUUCUGACCAAUUUCUAUGCAGUCACACAUCCUUCCGAGCCUAACUACUGUGCUGCCGCUGGUGGUGACACCUUUGGCAUGGACAAUGAUGACUUCAAGCAAAUGCCCGAGAACAUCUCUUCCAUUGCUGAUUUGCUGGACACUAAGAGCAUUUCGUGGGCCGAGUACCAGGAGCAUAUUCCUCAUGCCGGAUUCCAGGGCUUCAACUUCUCGAACCAGCAUAGCCACAAGCCAGAUUAUGUUCGAAAGCACAACCCAAUGGUUCUGUACGACUCGGUUGUGGCCAAUGAUUCACGUGCACGCUCGAUCAAGAGCUUUGAGGACUUUGAGAAUGAUAUCAAGGCCAAGCAACUUCCUCAGUGGGCCUUCAUCACUCCAAACAUGACCAACGAUGCUCACGAUACCAACAUUACCUUUGCUGCUAAGUGGGAGCGUCCCUGGAUGGCCAACCUGUUCCAAAAUGAAUACUUCAUGAAGGACACUCUGGUACUCCUGACCUUUGACGAGGAUUCAACUUACACAAAGGGCAACCGGAUCUUCAGCAUUCUCGUUGGAGGCGCCGUGCCUGAACACCUUCAGGGCACUAAGGAUGAUACAUUCUACACCCACUACUCCAGCAUCGCUACCAUCUCCGCCAACUGGGGUCUUCCCUCUUUGGGUCGUUGGGAUUGCGGCGCCAACAUCUUCCAAAUUGUCGCCAACAAGACUGGUUAUGUCAACUACGAAGUCGACAAGACCCAUCUGACUUUGAACCAGACCUACCCUGGCCCUAUGUCUAUCGGCGACAAGGAAACCGGAAACACCUCCAAGUUCAUUCCCGACUGGCCUAUCCCUAUUACCGAUAGCAAUGAGAAGUGUUCAGCUGGACACGGUAUCCUGGACAUUGUCAAGAGCACCUAUGGAAAGCUACACCCAACCUAUAAUUACACUACCCCCUUCCCCUGGGACUCGCGCUACGGCUACAAUGACAAGGUCACUUUCAAGCGUCCUUCCAACACGACUCACACCAACUCAACUACUGGUGUCGAUACCCAGCACCGCAAUGCCGGAGCUAGUGUCGUUGCUCUCCUUCCAAAUGUGUUGAUCGGAGUCCUAUCGGCCGCUGCUCUUCUAGUUUGCUAA